GCUCCGUGGUCGAGGAUAGUUGUCCGAAUCUCAUUUCUUUUGGAUUUUUCUUUGCAUUAUUUCACAAAUCCGUUUUGUGUGUGUUUCUUAUAUAUUUAUAUAUAUAUUUGGAUUGGUUACGCACGAGGAAUGUUUUUUUUCUCUCCUGAGUUCGGAUCUCAGCGGUUCGGCACUGGUCUCUGAUGGAACGAGACACAGCCUUUCUGUUCCCGUUUGUUUUUGGAUACACCGCAGCCCACGGAUCCCCGGGAACGCAGCAAUCAAUGUAGGACAUAUGUAACGAGUCCUCAAACCAUUCGGAGGGUCUUGCCACAGGGUAUCAAGACAAGGAAAAAGCAGCUGUAAAUGGAUCGCCAUUCCAGCCUUGUUUCUCUCUGGUUUCAGCUGGAACUUUGCGCGAUGGCUGUUCUUCUCACGAAAGGAGAGAUCCGGUGCUACUGUGACGCGCCGCACUGCGUUGCCACUGGAUACAUGUGUAAAUCUGAGCUCAACGCUUGCUUCACCAAGGUCCUGGACCCACUGAACACAAACUCACCUCUAACACACGGCUGUGUAGAUUCGCUAUUAAACUCGGCAGACGUGUGCUCCAGCAAAAACGUGGAUGUUUCCAGCGGAAGCGCCUCUCCUGUAGAGUGCUGCCACGAUGAUAUGUGUAACUACAGAGGUUUACAUGACCUCACGCACCCUCGAGGUGACUCGACAGACCGAUUCUACAGCUCCAAUCAGAACCUGAUCACGAGGGUGCAAGAGUUGGCAUCCGCUAAAGAGGUGUGGUUCCGGGCGGCGGUGAUAGCGGUUCCCAUCGCGGGCGGGCUUAUCCUGGUUCUGCUGAUUAUGCUCGCCUUGCGAAUGCUUCGUAGCGAAAACAAGCGUCUUCAGGCCCAGCGCCAGCAGAUGCUGUCUCGCCUGCAUUACAGUUUCCAUGGACACCACCACGCCAAGAAAGGCCACGUGGCCAAGUUGGACUUGGAGUGCAUGGUGCCGGUAACGGGACAUGAGAACUGCUGUCUGGGCUGCGAUAAGCUGCGGCAGACGGAGUUGUGCACGGGAGGAGGAAGCGGAGGCGAACGUCUCCUAUCUCUCGUGCACUGGGGGAUGUACACGGGACAUGGCAAGCUGGAGUUCGUAUGACUACUCGGAGCUUCCUUGUUAGGGCACAAAAGGGUAACUGUGUAGUUUGCUGUCGUAAUUUUAUUAUCGUCCUGCUCGGCGUGUUAUUUUAUUGUCUCCAUGGAGAGCGAAGAAAUUUCAAGGACGCAAAUUUUUGUGUUUUCUCAAAAGAGCACUUUACUUGAAUUAGAAUGGCCGGUCACUGUGGGGCUGUGGUGAAUAUGAAACGGGCGGAGCUAUGGACUGCAAGCCCCGCCCCUUCCCCGCCGAGCCGUGUCCUGUGGAUCCUGGAAUGACACUGAAGACUGAAGGAUUCGCAAAGAACGGUCUUAUUUUGCACAUUUGUAUAAAACGGACUAGAUGACUGUGGGAUGGUUGGAAAGCUGCAUUCGAAAGCAGCUUUUUUGAAGAAUUUUACACUGACACCAGGGUACAAAUAAGAUUUGUUGUAGUCAAAUUGUAUGAAUAAAGGCACCAAUCUUGACUGUAACAAA